CGUACCCGGAAGUUUCGUUAACGACCUCGCUGAUGUAUACGGCGCCGAUAAAAAUAAUAAUAAAAAAUGAUGUUGUCAAGUUUAUAUUACAACUGGAUCUAGUUUAUCUGAUGAAAUCGCAUUCGAUCAAUAGUAAGGUUAAAGGCUUAUUUAGCGUGGACGGAAGCAAAACCGUGACCACCUGCUGAACUCUAUAUGAACUGGAUUUUACGAAAUUGGAUUUUACAAAACUGGAACAUUACGAAACUGUCAUUUACGAAACUUGAAAUUGACGAAACUUGUAAAGUGAUAGACAAACUACAAAAAAGAGAGAGAUAGAGAGGGAACGAUUCUAUAAACACAGACUACGACAUCGUCGCGUAAUAUGACGAUGUUGUUGUUGGUGCUAGGUUGUCGGAGCGAUACGACCAUCUGUUGCAGUAGCCUGUGGUGACCGCGACAUAUGGUAACGUGCACACCUGAAAGAUAGCGUUAUAUCGACAUCUGAAAACAAACUGGGCCUCUCAAACACAAGACGAACGGACGUUGAAGCGAUUAGCCGAAUGAUGACCCUUGAAGGCACCAUGGACUAUCUGACUGUUGAAGAUGUGAAAGGCAGCCAGCCUGUCAGAAAUUCAGAAGAUGCUUUGAAUGUGCACCAACUUUCAAAUUAUCAUGGAUAUCGGCAUGGACUGCUGGCAAGCCUUGUGAAUGAAAACAGACCUGUGCCAUUUGAUGCGUUUCUGAACUACUCUGACGAGGACCACGAUAUCGCGAUGAUGUUUUCGCAACACCUGGAGUCCAGCCCCCCUGGAUUCCGCCUCUUCCUGCCCAGACGACAGCUGCUGCCCGGAGUGUCCAUUUACGACAGUAUGGCAAAAAUAAUAGAAGAAAGAUGUAAGGGGAAAGUGAUCAUAAUCCUCACAGAAAAUUACCUCAAUUCAGAAGCUUGCCAGUUCGUCACGCAGUUUUCUAAAACACUGGAUCCAGCUGCCCAGAGAAAACAACUGAUUCCGGUGAUCAUGUCUGACGACUUCGUGGACAUUCCGAGAACUCUGCGUGGCAUGCACCUCAUCCACUACGUGAAGGACAAUCGGCGAGGCUGGUUCUGGGAUAAACUGGCAAAGUGCAUAAGACUUACGUGAUGACCGCCCGUAGUGGGUAGGUCAAUCACUGGAGUUUCCUCGGGGGGAGGAGGGGGAUGCAGGUUAAUGUGCAGUGGGAUGCGAAGACUGUGGCGAGCGAAUUGUUUUGUUGGGUGGGAGGGAUUCGGGUCAUACAUCCCCAGAAAAUCCUUCUUUUUUUAAAAAUCGUUUUGAGGCGGAAGGCGUUCGACCCCCCCCCCCCCCCCUUCCCCCACCUCCACCCCCCAACUUACCCCCACCCCCACCCCUCUGCACACAUGCCCGAGGAGCAUGUCAGGUCGGGUAAUGCAUCCCAAGAAAAUAAAUUUAAAACAAAAAAUGGUUUGGAGCGGGAGACAUUCGACUCCCAACCUAACCCCACACACCCCACACACCACACACACUCCACACACCCUCUGCACACGCGCCUCAGAAGCAAGGGGGUCAUACUCUCUUAUCAAACUUCUGGGAGAAGGGAUGUUCACCUUUUAUGUUUGAUUUUUGCCUCACAUAACAUAAUCAAGGUCAUAUUGGGUUUAAGUAUAUUGUGCGUUCGGUUUGUAUUCCAGUAUUCAUAUGCCGUGGAUUACAGCCUGAGAGACAUGAAGGUUCAGUUCAGUACCGGCUCCAUUCCAGAGCACUGGCCUCGGUGGCGUCGUGGUUAGGCCAUCGGUCUAUAGGCUGGUAUGUACUGGGUUCGGAUCCCAGUCGAGGCAUAGGAUUUUUAAUCCAGAUACUGACACCAAA